AUGGCACCAAAGAAGAAAGGAGCUGCUGCCAAAAAGGGCAAGCAAUUGGAUGAACCAGACAUUGAGAUUGAUUUUGGCGACGACUCAAGUCAACCUACAUUAUCUCUUCCCACUCCAUCUGCUCCAACAGACGAAUUCAAUGUAGAUGAAGAAGGAAAUGACUUGGGUGGUCUCAUGGCCAUAUUAAACAAGUCUCGCUCAAAAGGUGGUGCUCAAAAGAAAUCAAAAAAGGCACGUAGAGGUGACGAUGACGAAGAAGAAGAUGCUGCUGAAAUAUUGGCGCGUAUGGAAGCUCAAGAGUCUGUUGAUGUGUCACCUGCUGCUGCAGUGUCAGACAAUAAAAAGAACAAGAAGGGUGGUAAAAAGUCUAAACAGGAUGAUGAUGAAUCAAUCGAUACCACUGCUUCGUCUAUACCUAUAUCAUCAUCAACAGCAUCGAAACCUGGUAAACCACAAAAGAAUGCCAAGAAGGGUCGACGUGACGAUGACGUUGAAGAUGCCGCUGCUUUUGUAAACGAUGAGAAUGAAGCACCGGCUUCUGUAGAAGCUGUAGUGAAAGCAACGCCUGCUGCAGCUGCUAAAGGUAAAAAGGGUGGUAAAAAGGGUAAAAAGGAUGACUUUAAUGAUGGGAUAGAACUGCUAGCUGCUCAAAUAGAAGGUAAAGUAGAACCUGCUCCCAUUGCUACCUCAUCUAAACCAUCUACAGCCGCAGCUACUACCAAACCCACUACUGCAACCGCUCCUGCAGCAGAUGAUAGUGAUGACGAGAAUGACAAAGAGGCCGGUACUGGUGGUGAAGUACGCAUCAAAUCUAAAAAGGAAAAGGAGCGAGAAAAGAAGGAACGUGCUAAACUGGCCAAGAAGCAAGAAGCUUCAGUCAAGGCUGCUUCCGCUCCUAUAGAUAAACCGUCUUCCGAUAAACCACCAGCUGCUGAUAAAGCAUCUGAUAAAGUAGAAGCUGCUGCCGAUAAUGAAGACGCCGAGUCAGAAGAUGAAGGUGCAGGUGGUGCUUCCGCAGCUUCGAAAAAGAAGAAGAAACCUAAGAAGAAGCCUGCUGCUGCCGCAGAAGAAGUCAAGCCAGCUCCAAAGAAGAAGGGUGCUGCAAUCGGUGCCCUCAAAGAGCUCUUGGCUGCCAAACAAGCUGCAGAAGAAGAAGCUCGUCGUCUAGAAGAAGAGGAACGUAAACGUAUAGAAGAAGAAGAAGCGCUAAUUGCGGCUGAAGAAGCUGCAAAAGAAGAAGCCAAACGUUUGAAAAAGGAACGGGAAAAGGCUAAAAAGGAGGAGUUAAAGAAAUCUGGUCAAUAUAUGACACCUGCUGAACGUGAAAAGAAGCGUCAACAAGAAUUGAAGCUUCAGCAAAUGAUUGCAUCUGGUCUCAAAGUCGCUGCUCUUGAAGAAGAUAAACCAGAAGGCGAAACAGUGGUGAAGAAACGAGUAGUUUAUGCCAACAAGAAAAAGACACCCAAACAACCGAAAUCUGGUGCUGACGAUUCUGCCUCUGCAUCUGUUGAUUUAUCAGCCUCCAUCACUAGUGUUGACGUAGAACAUGAACCUGAAACACCCACUGAAUCUCCGGAAGACAUACGUAAACGUCAAGAAGAAGAAGCAGCAAAGAUAAAAUUAGAAGAGGCUGCUGCACGAGCACGAGCUGCUGUGCUGGCUAACGACGAAUGGGCUUCUGGUGGUCAUGUCAAACCACUGGCCAAUUCAGCUGCCAAGGAUUCAUGGGAUGCAGAGACUGAUGAAGAAGAUCUCAAGGAUUCAUGGGAUGCAGAAGAUGAAGAACCCGCUGUGGUACCUUCUUCUGAAUCUGUGGAUGUGAAGGAGGAAGUCAACCCUGUUAUCAAGGAUGUUGGCAAGAAGACACCUGAGUCAGUGAAAGAAGCCGCACCCGUUGCUGCCACGGCAUCAACCAAACCACCUGUCAAAAAACCUGUACCCAAGGAAGAAGAAGAAGAGUCUUCAGAAGAAGAUGAAGAAGACGACGAUGAUGACGGUUCAGAUGAAGAUGGCAGUGAUGAAGAUGAUGAUGAUGGAGAAGAGACUGUUGCUCAAAAGGUGGAACGAGUGCGUCGAGAACAAGCUGCUGAACGAAGAAAGCAACGUCACGAAGAAGCUAUGGCCGCCAGGUCCAAAGACGAUUUGCGUAGUCCUAUUUGUUGUAUUUUAGGACACGUCGAUACUGGAAAGACUAAGCUUCUGGACAAGGUUCGACAAACCAAUGUACAAGAAGGUGAAGCUGGUGGUAUUACUCAACAGAUUGGUGCCACAUACUUCCCUCUUGAUGCCAUUGAGACCAAGACAGCGUCUAUGAGAGCCAAAGACGCAUUGUCUGGAUACAAGAUUCCUGGUUUGUUGAUUAUUGAUACUCCUGGUCACGAGAGUUUUGCCAAUUUGAGAAGUCGUGGAAGUAGUUUGUGUAAUAUUGCCAUUCUAGUUGUCGAUCUCGUGCACGGUCUAGAACCUCAAACGAUAGAAUCCAUCAAUCUCCUCAAACAACGCAAAACACCCUUCAUCGUCGCAUUAAACAAGAUUGAUCGAAUGUUUGAUUGGAAGCCACUUCCAAACGCACCAGUCCGGCAAUCCCUCGCACAGCAACCACCCCACACAGUCAAAGAAUUCGAAGAACGAGUCAAACAAACCCAACUAGCAUUCGCCGAACAAGGAUUCAACUCUUGCCUCUACUAUGACAACCCCGAUACCCGUCGUAAUGUCUCUCUCGUUCCCACAUCCGCCAUAACCGGUGAAGGAAUACCCGAUUUGCUCAACCUAAUUGUUGAGCAAACACAAACCAGAUUGUCUGGCUCAUUAAUGUAUUUGAGUGAAGUUGAAUGUACAGUGUUAGAAGUUAAAGUUAUUGAAGGGUUUGGAACGACUAUUGAUGUUGUGUUGAGUAAUGGUAUAUUGAAUGAGGGGGAUAAGGUUGUGCUUUGUGGAUUGAAUGGGCCUAUUGUGACGAAUAUUAGAGCAUUGUUGACGCCUCAGCCGUUACGAGAGCUACGUAUUAAGGGCCAAUACGUACAUCACAAACAAGUCAAAGCAGCUCUAGGAGUGAAGAUCGCAGCUCCAGAACUUGAAAAAGCUAUUGCAGGAUCACGACUCCUUGUCGUUGGUCCAGAUGAUGACGAAGAAGAAAUGAAGGCCGAUGUGAUGGAAGAUUUGACUGAUUUGUAUGAUUACAUUGAUAAGUCUGGUAAAGGAGGUGUAUGUGUGCAAGCAUCUACUCUUGGAUCACUGGAAGCUUUACUGGUGUUUUUGAAACAAUCGAGUAUUCCAGUCAGUGGAAUUAAUAUUGGGCCUGUUUUCAAGAAGGAUAUUAUUCGUGCUGGUGUCAUGCUGGAAAGGAGGCGUGAAUUUGCUCAACUAUUGGCAUUCGAUGUACCCAUUGACAAGGAUGCUCAAGAACUGGCUGAUGAAAUGGGUGUCAAGAUCUUCCGUGCUGAUAUUAUUUAUCACUUGUUUGAUCAGUUUAUGGCAUACAUGAAAGAAAUACAAGAACAAAAGAAACGUGAUGAUGCACCGGCAGCUGUCUUCCCAUGUCAUUUAAAAAUGGUACAAGGUGCCGUCUUCAACAAGAGAAUGCCAAUUAUUAUUGGAAUGGAUGUGAAAGAUGGAUCGUUACGUAUUGGAACACCUAUAGUGUCUGUUGAUGAAAAGGGCACCAUUACCAAACUGGGUAAAGUAACAGGUAUAGAACUCGACCACAAGAAACGAGAAAUGGUCAAGAGAGGAGAACCCUCGGUUGCAGUCAAGAUUGAUUGUGCUUCGUAUGAAACACCGAAAAUGUUUGGACGACAUUUUACUGAAAAGGAUGAAUUCUAUUCUGAGGUCACUCGUCAAUCGAUUGAUAUUCUGAAAACCACAUUCAAGAAUGAUGUUAGUCAAGACGAAUGGAAGCUGAUUAUCAAGUUGAAGAAGAUAUUAAAGAUUGACUAG